CCCCAGCCGGACACCCCCCCUCCCCCUUGACCUACCCGUCCUUCAGCAAAUCUACAAAGCUAUUUUCUCAGGAGCUCAGCCUGGCCUUACUUCAGUGAUAAAGGAGGAAAGGGAAUACAUUUUUUCCAAGCUGUGGAACUCUGCAGUGAUCCUCAUCAGCAAGUUACCAAAGAACUAGAUCAUGAAAAGUUUUUCUUAGCCAUCUGGAAAGCUCCUAUAGAAUUUACCUUUAGCGGUAACUAAGAGGCAGUAUUCCUCUGAUGUACUUUUAUCCUUGCUACAUUUAUCAGGCUGGCUGCCACAAACAUCAUUCAAGAUGUCCAGCAAAGGGAGCAGCACAGAUGGCAACACAGACUUAGCUAAUGGAAGCCUGUCCAGCAGUCCAGAGGAGAUGUCUGGAGCUGAGGAGGGGCGAGAGACAUCCUCAGGCAUUGAAGUGGAGGCCUCAGACCUGAGCUUGAGCUUGACUGGCGAUGAUGGCGGCCCCACUCGCACUAGCACAGAAAGUCGAGGCACAGACACAGAGAGCUCAGGUGAAGACAAGGACUCUGACAGCAUGGAAGACACUGGCCAUUACUCCAUCAAUGAUGAAAACCGAGUCCAUGACCGCUCAGAGGAGGAAGAAGAAGAAGAGGAGGAGGAAGAAGAGCAGCCUCGACGUCGUAUACAGCGCAAGCGGGCCAACCGUGAACAGGACUCAUCAGAUGAUGAGCGGGCCCUGGAGGACUGGGUGUCCUCAGAGACAUCAGCUCUGCCCCGACCUCGCUGGCAAGCCCUUCCUGCUCUUCGGGAGCGGGAGCUGGGUUCAAGUGCCCGCUUUGUUUAUGAGGCCUGUGGGGCAAGAGUCUUUGUGCAGCGUUUCCGCCUGCAGCACGGGCUUGAAGGGCAUACCGGUUGUGUCAAUACUUUGCACUUUAACCAGCGUGGCACCUGGCUGGCCAGUGGCAGUGAUGAUCUGAAGGUGGUGGUGUGGGACUGGGUGCGGCGGCAGCCCGUACUGGACUUUGAGAGUGGCCACAAAAGUAAUGUCUUCCAGGCCAAGUUCCUUCCUAACAGUGGUGAUUCCACCCUGGCCAUGUGUGCCCGUGAUGGGCAGGUGCGGGUAGCAGAACUCUCUGCCACACAGUGCUGCAAGAAUACCAAACGUGUGGCUCAGCACAAGGGAGCUUCCCACAAGUUGGCCCUGGAGCCAGACUCUCCCUGUACGUUCCUAUCUGCAGGUGAAGAUGCAGUUGUCUUCACCAUUGACCUCAGACAAGACCGGCCAGCUUCGAAACUGGUGGUGACAAAAGAGAAGGAGAAGAAAGUGGGGCUGUAUACAAUCUAUGUGAAUCCCGCCAAUACCCACCAGUUUGCAGUAGGCGGGCGAGAUCAGUAUGUAAGGAUUUAUGACCAGAGGAAAAUUGAUGAGAAUGAGAACAAUGGAGUACUCAAGAAAUUUUGUCCUCAUCACCUGGUGAACAGUGAGUCCAAAGCAAACAUCACCUGUCUUGUGUACAGCCACGACGGCACAGAGCUCCUGGCCAGUUAUAAUGAUGAAGACAUUUACCUCUUCAACUCCUCUCACAGCGAUGGGGCCCAGUAUGUUAAGAGAUAUAAGGGCCACAGAAAUAAUGCCACAGUAAAAGGUGUCAAUUUCUAUGGCCCCAAGAGUGAGUUUGUGGUGAGCGGUAGUGACUGUGGGCACAUCUUCCUCUGGGAGAAAUCAUCCUGCCAGAUCAUUCAGUUCAUGGAGGGGGACAAAGGAGGAGUGGUAAAUUGUCUUGAGCCCCACCCUCACCUGCCUGUGCUGGCAACCAGUGGCCUAGACCAUGACGUCAAGAUCUGGGCACCCACAGCUGAAGCUUCCACUGAGCUUACAGGGUUAAAGGACGUGAUUAAGAAGAACAAGCGGGAGCGGGAUGAAGAUAGCUUACACCACACUGACCUGUUUGAUAGCCACAUGCUCUGGUUCCUCAUGCAUCACCUGAGACAGAGACGCCAUCAUCGGCGCUGGCGAGAACCUGGACUUGGGGCCACAGAUGCAGACUCAGAUGAGUCUCCCAGCUCCUCAGACACAUCGGACGAGGAAGAGGGCCCCGACCGGGUGCAGUGCAUGCCAUCCUGAGGCCUCACUCCAGAAGGGAUGGGCUGGGGCUGCCAGCGCAAUCUUGCCUGGGCAGCUUUUUUUUUGUCCCAGACCCUUACAUUCAGCAGAAAUGCACUUUGGACUUUUUGCUUUAGAUAAAAGACACAUCCCAGGAGAAGGACAAACCAGAGGGGGAUGAACCAUUAACAGACAGUACCUAGGAGCAGGGGUUGACCCUGGGUUGGGUCCCAUGGAAAGGUGCAUAGGACUCAGCAAAAAUGAUGAAGUCCUCCCUGAAGCCUUUUUUUUUUUUUUUUUUUCCUGUGGGGGGAGCCUAUUUUGUUAACUGGUUUGGGUGGAGAAUGGGGUUUCUUUGUCUUUAAUCUCCCUUGUUUCUUGGGUGGGGGGUGGAGGGGCGAAUGGCUGUUCAUUACUAAGGGGCCAGAGUGGAGGUGGGUAGGAGUGCCACUCUCUCUUUGGUUUAGGUUUCUGGCCCUUUUUUCCUUUAUUUUUUUAAAGUUUAUGACAGUUUCAUUGUUUUUUCCCCUAAGCAACCCCAUCCCAGGAUCCUGUUCUUCUGGGAAGUCUUUAGAGCCCCUAGCCAUCCCACACUUCACUUUCCACCUUAUCAUUCUCUGUACUUAUCACAGUGUUUUGCACUUGAUUAUGUAUCCUUUACUCUCUCCUCUCCAUCCCAUCACCCCCUUGCCCCCCCCCAGAUAAGUCUGGUGAGGGAGGUUGGGGGAAGGUGGGAGGAGGGGUGGAGGUAGAGGAAGAAUAGGAAAGGUGUUAUAUCUGUUACUUAAAAGCAAGUCUGUGUGGCGGCAGCAAUCUCCCUGCCCCAUCACUGUUAGAGGCCUAAUUUUUUAUCUAUAAAUAUAUUAAAAAGCAAGUCAGACUUGGAUAUAUCAAGUUAAAGUUAUUGUGAAAGUUGAAGUACCUGUAUAUUCUCUAUGAAUGCAAUAAAGGGACUUAAAGAGCUGAGCAAGAGUAAUGAUGUGGAGGUAACAUCUGGGCUCAGUCUACCCCCUGUGGUAUGACCACUGGAGAUGGGGGCUUGCUCUUUAGGUUUUAAGGGGCUGGAAAAUGGAAGACCCCUCAAUUCUGCCCUUCCUCCCUUCCCUGCCUUGGUUUUAGAGAUUGGGAAAAAAGGAGAUCCCUCUCAACUCUUUGCAUCAGAUCUCCUACCUCUCCUUAAGUCUUGUGGGGGUUUCUAGGAAGCCUCUUCUUCCCAGAGGUUGGCCCGUCUUUGAAAUUUGACAGAAUAUGACUUCAGGAAGGGUGCCACCACUGCAGACUGUCUCCUGGCAUGUGUGGCAAGACACCCACACACUUACCUUUAGUCGCUUGAUUCUUUAAGCCACUCAGCUCCCCUCCUAAAGGAGGAGUGAACCGAAAGACUUCCUGCGUUUGGCUUUGCACCUUGUCCACCUCUUGGUAUCUUGGGAUUGAAGGACAAGUGGUUAAUCUAAGGAUUAAUUUGGGUGGCUGGAGCUUGGACACCUCUGUCUCAUCAUUGGUCACUGCGUGUGAAAGUCCCAGUGGAAUUCUUGCCCUUAAAUGCUUUUGCUGCUAUUUCUUUGCCCCCAACCUCCAGAAGAUCCAUUCAGGAGUCUGAAUCCUGGGGCAGUUGGAUUCUACUAGAUCAAGCCAGGAAAGGGACAGAGAGUUAGAGGGUGGUACUCCUAGACACUCCUUCCCUGCCCCUGUUCCUGGCAGCCCUCAGACCAGAUGUUAACUGCUGCACGCCCUCCGCAAGGUAGGGAAUGUGUGGUGACAGAGUGGUCUGUCCUAUUGCUGGUGGGGUGAUGGGUGGGCUGAAAACCAUGCACUCUGGAACUUGGUGUAUUUUCUCUCAGUAAAGCUUUUUUUUCCCCCGA